GACAAGCAAAUGGCAAUUUAUCAACAUUUUUCCCAUUGUCAAAUUGCUGUUUAACACACAUUUCAUUUCCCAGUCAUGGAGAACCACAAUAUGCAGGCAAAUUUCCCGUUGGCUUCCAAAAGGGUUCACUAUGCGGAAAGUGCACAGGAUCAGGAAGAAAUCCCGUUCAAAGACAACUACUCGGAUUGCUCAGAAGUGUCCAGAUCCUCAAUAAAAUAUUCUGGGGACUGUAACAGCGAAAUAUCAGUAGCCACCAGCAUUUUGGACACGGAGGAAAAUGACGUGAACAUGUUGCGGAACAAGCUGGAAGAAUGCGAAGCCAAACUGAAACUUUCGGAGAAUGAAAACAGGCAGAUAAUUGACGACUUGUUGAACGAAAGGACAAGAUCCUCAAAACUGGAAAAGAAGCUCCAGUUUGUCAGGGACAAUCAGGACGUUUUCAUGAGACUGAAGGAGGCCUACAUCAACAUGAAGUACAACGAGGCGGCAGGCAGGAAAAUGAUCGAAAUACGCGAAAAAAGCGUGCAGACUUGGGAUGGAAUCCUUUGCAAUUCCUGCAUAGAAACUGAGGAGCUGCGAAGGCAAAUCGAUGUAACGUUUCAGAAGUACAAGGAGUUGUUUGUGGUGUCUCCAGGAGAAAUGGAACAUCUAAUCAACACAGUUAAGUACCUAAAGGACCUGAUUGAUCGCAGAGAAGAAACGUGGGAGAACAACAUGAACAGAGAGCUUAAGCUUCAGACUCACGUUGCUGUGCUGGAAAAUGAAAACGCCAAUUUAAGAGCGGUCAUUUCAAAGAAAGGCUCCGAGGUACCUAAAGAGGUGCUCGACGACAUAAAAUUGGAGCAGAAGUUGCUGGAAGAGAGGAAAGCGGGCGAUAUGCAGAAGUUUGUGGAGUCGAUCACGAAGGAUCUGGAUAAGCUGAAGAAGAUUAUCAUUAAAUACGAGAAGAAGUUUAGGGAAUUCAAGGAAUACUAUCCAGGCAAAUACACCUCGCCUUUAAACGAGAAGGAGGCGAAAUUAGUGCAGCAAAUCAUUGCCAAACACAAUGCCAAAGUGCAGGGAAAAGACCAUACAAGAAGCCGCAGUCCGUCCAUAGCAGGCACAGAACCGCUUUAUAGGCCAUCGAGUACUUCAGCUAGAAGUUACUCAUUCGAUAGACCCCAAACUCCCAAAUCCUGCACCAUGCGCACAGAUUCCGCCAUUCUGAUGAUGGACUAUCUGUUUGAGUGAAAAACGUCCGUAUGUUGAAAAUAAUGCACCCAACUGUCCAGAAAUAAUUGCAAUCUAGAAAA